AUGCCUUCGUUCCCGCCUUCCCUCCCGCUCCACCAUUCGUCAAACGCCCAGCAGCAGCCCCUCGCUUCCUCCAUACACUCGGACGACGACGCAGAAGAUAUGAACCUCGGGAACGGAGUGUCGUCGCGCGCAGCGAGGAACUCGGGUCACCCUUUCAAGUCGCUCACGCCCAAGCGAGUCCUGGCGAUUGCUGCCGCCCUCAUCUUUGUGGUCUUCUUCUUCGGUCGGUCGAGCGGAGGAGGACGGGACGGGUACUCGAAGUCGGGAACAGCGGCGUCGACCGACAAGGCGCCGAAUGAGGCGGCGGUCCAGGUCGACAAGCUCCCCCCGAACUCGCCUCAGAAGCAGCAGUCCGCCUCGUCCGGCAAGUGCACUCCGCCGGAGGGUCUGAAGGCAACGACCUACGCUCUCAUGAUCGACGCCGGAUCGACCGGUUCCCGCAUCCACGUCUACACCUUCUCUCACUGCGACCCCGACCCGAAGGCGCUCCCGAAACUCGAGAACGAGGGCUUCUUCAUGACCAAGCCUGGGCUCUCGUCGUACGCGGGCAAACCGCGCGAGGCGGCCGAGUCGUUGCGAGGACUGAUGGAGCAUGCGAUUGAGGGCGUGCCAGAGUCGGAGCGCUCGUGCACGCCUAUCGCGGUCAAGGCGACGGCGGGCUUGCGGUUGUUGGGCGCGAGGCAGAGCCAGGAGAUCUUGGACGAGGUGGAGCGGUGGCUGAAGGAGGACUGGCCGUUCGCGGUUGUGAAGGACGGCGUGGUCGUCAUGGACGGCAGGGACGAGGGCGUCUACGCGUGGAUCACCAUCAACUUCCUCCUCGGCUUGAUCGGUCCCGACCAACCCGCCUCCGCCGGCACAGCCGCCAUCAUGGACCUCGGCGGCGCCUCGACGCAGAUUGUCUUCGAGCCGAUCUACGACCCCGGUUCGCGCGACAAGCUCGCACCAGGCGACCACGUCUACGACCUCGACUUUGCCGGCGCCGACCACGUCCUGUACCAGCACUCUCACCUCGGCUAUGGGCUGAUGCAAGCUCGUCGGGCCGUGCACAACCUCGUUGCGUUCUCGUACGUCUGGCAGAGCGCGCCCAAGGGUAACUCGGUCAAGUGGGAGGACUUGACGCCCAAGGACAAGAUUCACAAUCCGUGUAUGUUCAAGGGCGAGACGAAGGUCGUCAAGCUCGACCCACCUGGAAGGGAGGAGGUCGAGGUUACGAUGGUCGGCACUGGCGCGGGCUUCGAGGCGUGCAGGCGCGUCGUCGAGGUCAUGAUCGCCAAGGACGCUGCGUGCGAGAAGCCGCCUUGCGCGUUUGCCGGUGUCUACCAGCCCAAGAUGGGCGAGGUCUUCUCUGCCGGCAAGGUCUGGGCCCUCUCCUACUUCUACGACCGCAUCGCCCCUCUCGGUCUCUCUUCGCCCUUCUCCAUCUCCGCCCUUCGCCAACUCACGACCGACGUCUGCGCGGGUCGGGAAGCCUCCUCCUGGUCGCGCUUCAAGAACAACAAGGAGGCGAUGGAGGAGCUGAGCGACAGGCCCGAGUACUGUCUCGAUCUGACGUUCAUGUACUCGUUGCUGAGUCUGGGGUACGAGUUGGACGAGGAAAGGCAGGUUUGGAUGGGCAAGAAGGUCGGGAACGUAGAGUUGGGCUGGGCUCUUGGCGCGGCGCUCGCGAUGAUCGAGGGCCACCUCUCGUGUCGCGCGGACUAG